GGAUAUAAACCUCCGCCUCCUCAACUUUCACCCUCUUCUGUGUCAGAGAAACCCUCCAACAGAGCCCACCAGCACAACAAAAUGACCUCCGCUGCUCAGCCCAUUUUCUCAAAGGGGGAGGACUGCAAGACCUCCUGGCACGACGCUAGCGCCGGGUACAAUGAGGCCGACACACACCUGGAGAUCAUGGGCAAGCCGGUCAUGGAGCGCUGGGAAACCCCGUACAUGCACUCACUGGCGUCCGUUGCAGCCUGCAAAGGCGGUCGGGUUCUGGAGAUUGGCUUUGGCAUGGCCAUCGCUGCCACAAAGCUGGAGUCCUUCCCCAUCGAGGAACACUGGAUCAUUGAGUGCAACGAUGGAGUCUUUGCCCGCCUGGAGAACUGGGCCAAGUCUCAGCCGCACAAGGUCGUCCCUCUGAAAGGCCUCUGGGAGAACGUUGUUCCCACCCUGCCAGACAAUCACUUUGAUGGUAUUCUCUAUGACACAUAUCCUCUCUCAGAGGGCACAUGGCACACACACCAAUUUGAUUUCAUAAAGGGUCACGCUCACAGGCUGCUCAAACCUGGAGGCGUCUUGACCUACUGCAACCUGACCUCCUGGGGCGAGCUGCUUAAGACCAAAUAUGACAACAUUGAGAAAAUGUUUGAGGAGACCCAGGUGCCCCAUCUGCUCGAGGCUGGCUUCAAGAAGGAGAAGAUCAGCACCACCACCAUGGACAUUGAACCACCCACUGAAUGCAAAUACUACUCCUUCAGGAAGAUGAUCACUCCCACUAUUGUGAAAGAAUAAAGGACGAAGACACGGUUGUAGCCUUUUUAUAUUCAAAUGUGCCUUGUUUCCCCCGACACUCAUUAUGUGUAUUUCACUCUAUGGUGUUUUAAUAAAACAAACUCCAGCAUUACUACA